GCAAGUAGCAGCUUUGCGAGCCACUGAGAUUGUUGGAAAGCGAUUUCGUACUAAGUUAAAGUUAUUUGAAGUUAACCAAAGCUAUGCGAUUGAGGUUAUGUUGACAAGCUAAGUUAAACGCGAGCUUUAUUUGCAGAAUAAUUAACAUAAACUAUUAAUAGCUUGAGUGAAUACCUAAUUGCAGUGAAUCAGUGAUUUUAUAGUUAGUGGUUUUGUGGAAUUUCGCAUCGACAUUUUUGUUAUUGUGUUUUUCCUUAUAGUUAAGGUUAACAGUGAUUUGCAAAAACAGCCUUUGUUGAAUAUCAACCAAACUGUAUUAGACGAGUGUCAAAAUUUUUCCGAUAAAAAAGAAGUUGUCAGCGCCUAUGGCGAGUCGGGUGCCUGGAACGUGCUGCGCCGCCUCGGUUGAGCGGGCCGGCCUGCCUGGCCUGCUACGGGACUUACAGCGACUUUCUGAAGAUCAAGAUUCGGCAGAUAUCGUUUUCAUCCUUGGCACUUGUGAAGAAAAAGUAUACGCUCAUCGGAUCAUCAUGAUAGCAAGAUGCAAGAGCUUUCAAAACACCAAGCGCGGCGAAGUGUGCCGCAUCCCGGGCUGUACAGUAACGCCAUCUGUUGGCACGCAGCCGAUACCGAUACGCAUGCCACACGUACAACCUGAGACAUUUGACUUUUUUAUACAAUACGUUUACACCGGAAAGCUUCUCCUUCAAGAUUCUGGAGUGUUUGAAAUGAUGACGUUAGCAGCAGAUCUCGGCGUCGAAGAUCUCCGCGCCGCAUGUGAGGACCACGUUACUUCCACGUUAAGCGUAGAAAGCGCUUGUACACUUCUAGCAGCUGCAAUGGAAAUUCAAGAUCGACCAGGAGGCAAAAGCGCGUCAUCGUUCAUGGAGCGCUGCAUCGCUUUCAUCGGAGACAACGCCGCCGACUGCGUGAAGACCAACGCUUUCCUCAACCUGCCGAAAGAAGCUCUUAUCAAACUGAUCUCUUCUGACUUUCUAUGCCUAGAAGAGGAAGUGUGGCGGUGCGCGCUGGCGUGGGCCAAGCAGCGCGCCGGCGUGACGCAGCCCACGGCGCACUGGACGGAGGAGGAGCGCGCGCGCGUGUGUCACCACCUUGCGCCGCUCAUGCAGCACGUGCGGCUGCUGCUUAUUGACAGCGCUGUGUUCGCGGAGGAGGUGGAGCCGACGGGCGCGGUGCCCAUAGUUGUCGCUGAGCGGUACCGCCGCGCCGCCCUGCACGCCGCACCGCCGCCCGACAAGCGCACGCAACCUCGAUUGGCUGUCAAUAUGUUUAUCGGGUCUGUAAUUCUUCAGCAAGAGAAGAGUGUUCAAGCUGUCAUCAACAACUGGUGUGGGAGCCCGAAACAAACAUGGCGUCUGAUAUUCCGUGCGUCGACACACGGCUACUCGGCCCAAGCGUUCCACUCGCACUGCGACGGUGUGCGCCUGGCAGUCGUAUUGUUGCAGCUGUCGCGCGGGUCGGUGGUGGGCGGGUUCAGCUCGGCGGCGUGGGCGGCGGGCGGCGCGGGCGGCUACGUGCCCGCCGAGCGCGCGCUGCUGUUCGCGCUGCCCGACCCGCCCGCGCACGCGCCGCAGCCCGCCAAGCACGACCUGCACAAGAAACCCUUCGCGCUCUGCUACCAUCCAGAUUGCCGUGGUUGUCGCCCGGGGUACCCUGUUAACGAGGUACAGGCGAUCCCCCGGCUUAGCAACUACGGCUAUGAAGAGUUGGUAGGCCCUACCGUUAUCACCGAGGGUACCAACGGACGGUGCGCUGACGACCCGCUGCUAUCCGGUCUCACGGUCUGGGAGGAAGAAGGGAGGGGAUAG